AUGCUUUCAAAUGAUGGGGUCAGCAAGCGCCAUUCAUUGCCGAAACUCUUGGGCGUGGCAAUCCUUGUCGCUGUGAUUUUUGUGGGAAUGCAGUUCCAGAAGCAACUGCGACAGCCACUCCUCUUUUCUUCAUUUGAUUAUGAUCCAAGCUACCACCUUUCAAUAUAUGCUAUGGAGGCUACUGCAUUGCUCUUUGGAAGCAACUCCAACAACACUGGUAGUUCCAAACCGACCAACAAUACCAUUCUCGUUUCCAAUCCAAUGUUCACUCGAGCUGCUGAACAGAACCAAAAGAAAAAGAAGAGACUACGCAAUAUCUUCUUUAUCCAUGUGGGGAAAACAGGAGGAACGACCUUACGAGAAACCGUUCUUCGCUACGGAUGCCGAUUGUACGGAAGUGACAAGGCCAAAGCAAAUUGCCACAAAUUCUUGGAGAAACAUGGCGGUGAAUCAGCCUUGGGCAAGCGCACCCAAGGGAUCUUUCAUUACCAACAAAAGCGUCCCAGUUCCAAGAAACAAAUCAAUAAAAUGGACUGGAUGUUUGUCAUUCGAGAACCAAUUGCCCGUUUCAUGAGUAGUUACGAGUACAUCAAUCCACACAAUUGCAUACAGGGGAAAAAGGAACGGAACAUGGAUCAAAAGUGCAAUCGACAAUUUCAAGCCCAAAACUUUCCUGCUUCCUUUCCAUCGAAAUUCUUUUACGAUUGCUUUCCGAAGGUUCAAGACUUUUUGCAUUUUCAACCACUAACGAAAAAGAACAAAGGAAAGCGCAAAAAGAAGAAGCACAAGGCAACAGGAAAUCAUGACGGCGGCCUGAUGCUAGAGGCACAACGGCAAAAGUGCAAUCCGUUGUGGAAGGGAGCCUUUGUACCUGGCUUGUUCAACGAUUACGGUCACAUGACGGCCAAUUACCAAUACUACACCAAGGGAUUGAAACUAGCAUCGAAGCAGCAACAAGAAGAACAAUCGCUGAAUGAUACCCGCAACGUCUAUGUCAUUCGAACCGAACACUUGUGGGAAGAUGUCAGCAGGAUCGAUGCAUUAGUCGGAGGAGCUGGCAACUUUUCGCAUGUCCAAGGCAAGAUCAUCAACCGACAAACUACCACCACAAAGUCUACUAGAACAAUGAAUGCUACUGUUAGAAAUACUACUACUCUUGGUGACAGCAACAGCGAGCCGCCACAGCAACAGCAACAACAACAAAUCAUGUUGGUUCCUCUGACAUUCUGCUGUGCCCUCUUGCCAGACAUGUUGGCCUUUCGAAACAUUGUCAAUCGGGCGGAUAAUCUGAGCGAAGAGCAAAAGCAUGAAACCAAUGCCAUGUCGUACAGACGUUGCAACGUUACCAGUUGGGGAGGACUACAAUCCAAAUGUGGCAAACCAACGAAAAAAGGAAUGAAAUGA